CCGCAGGGAGAGACGGCGAGAGAGGGAGACGGGGGGGGGGACAGGCGAAUGCGUUCGAGCUCACGGACUCUCUCUCGAGCUCGAGGUCCCCCUCGUCUCAUCACGACUGGCCUCACCACCACCCCCCCUACUCCUCGUCCCAUCGUCUCACCUCUUCACACCCCCCCCCCCCUCCACCACGUCUGACAAUGUCUCGUCGCAAGCAAAGUCGACCUCGUCACAUCGAGCAUGCCCUCCUGUGCUGCACCGCGUGCGGAGGCCCCGUGGCAGGAGGGGCGAGUCCCCUCCUGUCCCCACGCCACCGCGACUUCUCCUGCCCCAACUGCCGCGAGGCGGUCGGCCCCUCGAACCCUCCUUCUCCACCCGCAUGCGAGGGCUCCCCUCCGUUGCCCCCCAAGGAGGAGCCUGAGGCUCGCAAUUCGCCCCCCGCCGCCACCGCCGCCUUCAUCAAGCGGGAGGCAGAAGAGGAGGAGAAGGCGGAAGAGGAGGAUGAGGAGGCUCCCGAGGAUGAAGCCGCUGGCACGAGCGGUGAAGCGGAACCGGAAAGCGAAGGGGCGCUCCGGAUCAAGGAGGAGCCCCCAAGUCCCAGCGAAGCCGCCGCUUCCCCUGGUCCCCGCCAUCAGAUGCCGUCGCCCCAGAACUGCCCGGCUCCGCGGGUGGCCCUGUCCCCGGGGGCGCGGGAGCGUGGCACCGCCGAGGGGGGCGCCGUCUGCGUGGUUCCGCGCGGUUCCUGGGCAGCGGCCCCGGGCAGCCUCUGCACGGGCGCCGCGCCGGGCUCCUUGGCGGCCGCCGUCUACCCCACGGGCCCCACGCACUGCGUCGAGUGCAAUAUCAGCUUCAGCAAAGUGGACAACUACAUCGUGCACAAGACGCUCUACUGCUCGUCCCGGCAGCAGCAGCACCAGCAGAAGCAGAAGCAGCAGCAGCAGCAGAGGCGGCCGGAAGCAGAAGAACGACGCAGUUCCGCUUCGGUGAUCGCGAGGGAAGCGGAGGGCGCCGGCGUCGCGUCUGCAGGCACAAGUGGAGACGCAGGUGUGCUGGCGGCGCCGAGCCCCGCCGCCGUGAAGAUGGAGCGCGAGGGCUCGCAUGGCAGCGGCCACACGAUGCCGCCGAGCGUCGCUCUGCGAGACGCCGAGCGACGCCCCGAUGCCGAGCGCACCAGCUGCGCCGAGUGCCGCAUCACCUUCGGCCGCCUGGAGAACUACCUUGUGCACAAGCGGCACUACUGCGCGUCCCGGCACGGCCGCGCCGGCGACAGCGCCAGCGGCGGCGCCAGCGAUGCCCCCGUCGCUCCGCGACUCCCGGGCCUCCCAGUCCCACGGCAGCCCGGUACGAGCGGCGCGCCUGCCGGGCAGCUGCGGCGGCGGAGUCGGCGAACGCGGUGGGCCGCGGCGAGCGCCUCACCUGGCUCGUCCACGGACGGAAGUUUGGGGAGCCCCGCUCGUUCCUCCUCCUCCUCCUCGGGGAAGGCCUCCGAUGGAGAGGCGGCCGAAAGUCGGGAUGGCUCGCCCGCAGCCGAAGCUGCGCCGGCAGCGAAGCGCGUUUGUGUCGACCGUGCACCUCCACUGCCGCCGCCGCCACCGCCACCACCGCCACCGCGUCUCUCUCGGCAUCCCCUUGAUGACACGAGCGCCGCCGCUGUCGCCGCUGUGCCGAUGGAUUUGAGCGGCCACGUCCCGCUCGGCUUCAUUCACCCGGGUCAGGCGGGCCUCAGCGACUACCACAAGUGCGCGUCCUGCCAGAUCGCAUUCAGCCGCCUCGAGAACUACCUGGCGCACAAGCGCUACUACUGCCGCGCGACGCUGCACCGCCAGCCGCCCGGCUUGCCCGCGGCGCUCUCCGACCCGCAGCCCGCCCGUCCGCACGUCUACGGGGCCCUCGACGCCGCCGCCGCCACCACCGCCGCCCCCCUCCCGCGGGGUUACCCGACCCCUGGCGGAGUCCGACCACCUGACUUCUCGUUAGGGGGCGCGGGGGGCGCCUCCCCGGCAUACGCGGAGAAAAAUGGAGGAGCGGGGACGCCGCCAUCCCCGAGCGCCGUGACGGUGAAGAUCGAAGUCGUGGAAGAGGAGGAGGAGGAGGAGAAGGUGGAAGAGAAGACGUCACCGGACGAUCGCCGGUCUGCGAGCGACUCUCCUGCCGCAGGGGAUGCCGAGGACUCGCCGGGUUGCCCCCGGUCGGUGGGGGGAGGCGCCGCCAGCCCGGAGCGCGCCGGGGGGGGGAGCCCGGGCGUGGCGACGGCGCCGCGUGCGACGGGCAAGCACUGCCGCUCGUGCGAUAUCCGCUUCAGCAGCCUGUCCAACUUUGUGGCGCACAAGAGGUUCUACUGCGCCUCGCACGCCGUGCAGUAGGAAUUUGGGAUCAAAGUAUCUGUCAUGUAUUUAAUUAUUGUAAUAAUGUACAGUCUAUUGUCAAUCGAGUGCUGGGUGAAGGAUUCUCCCCCCGUGCCGUGUCGGUCAUGAGGGUUAUUUAUAUAUGUACCUGCUCUGGUCAGUAUGGGUUGGUGAAUGGGGAAUAACAGGAGCGAUUCAAAUGUCGCUCGCCAGCAAUCAAACUCAUUGGAAGAGUAAGUAGGAUAAUGCGCCAUACACUGGCACCACCUUUCCGCCAUUGUCAUUUAAUCAUCAUCAUCAUCGUUAUCUAUCUGGAUGAAGGCCUCCACAAAGGCUUUGCCAUCUCUUACGAUCCUGCAAUGCAAACACCACCUGCACACACCAGCUGAUUUCAUCCCGUCACCUCCGUCGUGGACAUCUUUCUGCGGCUACCACCAAGUCAUUGGUCUCGACCGUUGGUCAUCGUUUCUUCCCCCAACGUGCCCUGCCCAAGCCCAUUUAUUUUUAUUGACAUUUAAUAUAAUGUAUUUUUUAAUUUAUUUUAUUCUCGAAUCCACGUAUAGCUGACUGUAAAUAAGUUUGGAACACUUCAUCAUGUGAAGUGCUCGAUGGGCUAAGAACCAUGCCAAGUUUGUUGUCAUCUUGAAAUGUACACGUCAUCCCAGAUUUCAGUCGAUGACUGAUGUAGUGUAGUGUAUGAAUGCCAGUAUUGAUUACAUAAUCAUAAUCAUCGAACCAGAGUGAAUGAAAUUAGCACGGCCGGCAUGGCGCUGCUUUUUUCCUGACGACAGACUGGGCCUCGUCAUGGUAAUGUGGAAAUUCCAACACUGACUUGGGACUUUAAAAGGGAGAUUAAUUCCAAACAAUGCUAAUAAGGGACAAUGACCUUCAUGAAUUAUGGGAGUUUAAACAAUGUAUCUGCCAAGGUUUAGUAGUUAGACCUCCCUGUAUUCAAUAAAACAACACUCCGUACAAAACUUCAAUCGUCGUUAUCAGCCACGGCCAAUCCACUGCUAGAUGAACAGUCGCUGACCCUCAUGGUUCUGCAUUGUAACAGCAACACUACCAUAUAAACAUCGAACACAUAUAUUAAAAUUCGAGCGAAAAUAAGAUGUAGGAAUAAAUAACUACAAAAUGCUGCUUUAUUGUUAAGUACAAUAACAUUAAUGCUCUGAUUAAAUCAUUGAACCUUACCCAUUACAUAUGUAUAGGACACUACCACUCACGAUAUUGCAUGGAGUCUUAAGUGAGAGAAGUUUUUUCCAUACAAUUUAUACUAAUUACAUGCAAAACCUAUGCUUGUGUUAUAUUUAAGGUAAUGGAGCAAACAACACGUACAAACAACACGGAAAAAAACACAAAAAACAAUACAAGUAAGGUGUGUGGUAAAACCAGGGGUGUGAUGAUGCAAAGAUUAUAUCGAUUUUUAAGGCUCACAGCACACGCAUUCAUCGCGUUUGUGCCUGUAAAAAUAGAUGUUUGUAAUUUAUGAAAUGAUAUGCAAAUUAUAUGCUGUUACAUUUAGGUUCAUAGAGUGAACAAGACUGUACAAACGAGAAAGAAAAAAGUAUAACGUGGAUUUUUGUAGCCAAUACAAUCAUCUAUUAUUUGUUGCUGUAGUUUUAUGCCCCAAAAAUUGGGGGGGGGGGGGGGGGUAAAUUUCAAUAAUUUUAGCGUGAAACUACCAAGUGACCGAAAUCAAAAAGCAAAUACGGAGAUGAGAUAUAAAAUAAAAAGUGGACAAUAUAAUCAAUCGUGAACUACAUUCUUAAUUUGGUGAUACAGUAUUUGUAAUGGUGCACAAAUACCAGACGGUUAACACAUUCGUCAAUAACACCGCCUUAGAGCCAUUGCCCGAAACGUCACCUACUAUUUUUUUAAAGACAGUUGUAUUGAUAAAUGUGUUGAAUUCUCUAAAGACAAUUGUGGCCGCAUAUCCUCACAAUUCAUGGAAUCGCUGGCAGACACCGUGAACUUGCUAGCCUCGGUGGGUUAUAUUUGACACAAAAGCCAUUGAAAUGUGUGUUCACGGGUUAGAGCUGACAGUAUACCCUGUAGGCUUCUAUGUUACCCCCGUACCUCCGGUUGGCUACGUACGGUGCGAAAGAAGUUCUACAUACCGUACAUACGUUUGCAAUAAAGCACUGCGCAAUGUUUUGCAAAGGCAUGAAACCUCAUGCGUCCCACAGGUGGCGCUAUUGUUAUAACACCGAUACUUGAAUCAAGUAUCAGUGGUGCAUACGCACAAUUAACAAAAACUUGGCACAUCGGUCGAUAACACUGUCUCCAAUCACCCACCGUGAUGUAUAGACCCCAAACGGCACGAUUGUGACGAAUGCAUCGGUGCUCUCACCUUGCUUUGCAGGUGUGACGAAGUUAUCGUUAUUAUCAGAAAGUUUUUUUGUUUGAAUUUAACAACACGCAUUAUGAAUUCCGGUCACGUUUUGAGCAUGGCAAAAGUGCAAAGUUCACAUUUUUCUUUAAUGUAGCAACUGCCAACCACGACCGUGACUCUGUUGUUAGUGUCAAUGUGGGGGUCCAAUGCAUGCCCAGUAUGAAUCGGUAAAUCCUAUUUCAAGUCACAUGAGAAGGUGCUGAUACAGGUUUCUUCCAAGGGAUACCUGGAAAAUUAUGAAAUGCAAUGACACUCCUCUGGUCUGCUCUCCUAUUAACCGCCCUUGUUAUUAUCCAGUGAAUCGUCCAUGAACCUUCCAAUGAACGCGUAACAUCGACAUCACGAACCAUUGUCUAUCCACUACUGCUACCAUCCAUCUCCUGCACAAGACCGAUCUCAUCGUUGCGAUUCGUGCAUCUGUUCUCUCCGUAAUCCAUAGGUUUGAGCGCAUUAGAUGAGUGAGCUGGAAGUGGAAUCGAAUUCGUACGAUUCAUCAACAUCCAAUGGUUUAUCCUGCACCGAAUUGGCCCUAACGUAUCUCAAUGGCAUGUGACUCAUCGUGCAUCGCAUCCUGCUAUAUGCACUCAAGUACGGAUGAGAUGUAUAACCCCCCCCCCCAAAAAAAAACUAAAAGCUGUGUGGAUAAAUGCAGAUAGUUGAGCACAUUUUCCCAAAAUUGAGCCAAUUAUCUGCAUUUAUCCACAGCUUUUGGUUAAGAGGAGUACGAUGCAUGGUUAAAUGUGGAUAAAAGGAUCUGCCCAUAAUGCCCUUCCCAUAUCAGCGUCGGGCGUGAAAAAAAGUCCACUACAAAGUCAUUCAGCAGUGGAGAGCGGACGUCUUAAGACAUUGAUGUCGAAUUCAUAAGCACAGAUACACACGGCCAUGCUUGGGACUUUUAACACGUAAAAUGUCCCACGUAUAACGCGACGUGUGCAAUGCAUGACAUACUGUACAUAAAUUGUAUAAUAAACAUAGAUGAACGGGU